UACUAGUGAUUAAAACAAAUUAUUUCCAGUGUGUAAGAUAAAUUAUUUAGUUUGACUAAUCCAUUAUAUCUAUAAUUUCCUAGGCUGUGCAAAUAAUAAAAGGAGAUAAAUGGAUAGCUGAAAUGCAAGUUCACAGGGGCAGCGAUCCCUUAAGUUAAUCAUUAAACACAGUUUAAACAACUCCAGUUACUGUUUGGUUAGAUUUUGGCUUCACUGCAGAGCAGGAACACACACAACAGGCUGCAGCAGGAAUCUGCAGGCUGUAAUCGCCGUACACAACCCAAGCAGAGCAGUUGAGGUGUCAAUGGCUCGCAUCCUUUCCUUGUUCCGGCCUCCGCCUAUUCUGGCCCUCCUGGGCAGAGGGAACCCGACCUUCUGCAAAAUGUCCAUGGACUCGCGGGCACGGGAGAUCUUCAGAGCCGCAGUGGAAGCUGUUCAGCCGGACCGUGUGGUCAGGCAGAGCAUAGAGCGGCAGGAUGAUUCCGUCAUUAUUGACGGACGCAGGUUCCCACUCAGACACAACCUGCACCUCGUGGGCUUCGGGAAAGCCGUUCUGGGGAUGGCUGCGGAGGUAGAGCGGAUUCUGGGCGACCAUUUAGUCAGAGGAGUCAUCAGCGUGCCUCAUGGGAUACAGCAGACGCUACGGCAGCAUGGAAAAAGCCAUCUGUUGCUAAAGGAAGACAGUCGGAUCAAAGUCAUGGAGGGAGCCAAGCACAACCUGCCAGAUGAUGAUUCUCAGAAGGCGGCUGAAGGGAUCAAGCAGUUAGCCAGUGAAUUGACAGAGAAAGAUUUGCUGCUUGUGUUAAUAUCAGGUGGAGGCUCUGCGCUGUUACCAGCACCGAUACCUCCAGUCUCGCUGCAGGAGAAGCUUGAUGUCACCCGCAGGCUUGCUGCCGCUGGUGCCACCAUCCAAGAGCUUAACAAAGUACGUCGAGCCCUCUCUUUGUUGAAGGGUGGAGGGCUUGCGCACCACGCUCACCCGGCACAGGUGGUUUCGCUCACGCUGUCUGACGUGAUCGGGGACCCGAUUGAUCUGAUAGCAAGUGGACCAACGGUGACAUGCGAGGUGUGGCCAGAGGAGGUCUUGUCCAUCCUUGAACAAUACAAGCUUCUCAACUCCAUGCCGGCUUCGGUAAAGGAAGUCCUCGCGAGACAGGGUCCCCGUUGGAAAGAGAACGAGGAGGACUCGGGUUCGUCCGGAGAGGCCGUCAAUGUCGUGAUCGGCUCUAACACCGUGGCGCUCACGUGCGCCGGCCGGCGUGCCCGGGAGCUGGGUUUCCGUCCUGUCGUGCUUUCGCCGGGAGUGUGCGGCGACGUGCGGCUGGUCUCCAGACUGUACGGCCUCCUGGCGCGCUUCGCCUGCUCCCGCGAGGAGCCGCCGCCGGAGAUCGCAGCCGAAGUGCUGCGGCUCGGGCCGGAGGUGGGCGCGGAGAGCUGGGACCUGUGCCGAACCAUGCAGGUGUUGGGCGAAGGGCGCGCGGAGGGGUGGGGCGCCACGUGUCUGUUAGCCGGAGGGGAGCCCACCGUGGAGCUGACGGGCAAGGGGCGAGGUGGUCGAAACCAGGAGCUGAGUCUGCGCGUGGGACUGGAGCUGAGGGGCCUGGAGCUCCCGCCUCAGGGGCCCGUGUUUUUGAGCGGGGGCACCGACGGUCAGGACGGACCCACGGAAGCCGCGGGCGCCGUGACCGACGGGGGACUGUACGACGAAGCUCGAGCGCAGGGGUUAGACGUCGACAGCUUCCUCAGUAACAAUGACUCUUAUACCUUCUUUUCUCGUCUGUCAGCUGCACGGCGUUUACUCGUGCCCGGCCUGACCUGCACCAAUGUCAUGGACGUACACGUGCUACUUAUCCCGGCAAUUCCCAUUAAAAUAAGUUAAUAGGAAAGCAAACCACUGUAACAUAAUCAGUAGAUCGAUUUAUAGAUAUGAGAGGUUUCAUACACUGCAAAAACGGAACUAAAAAUAAGACAAAUUGUCUUGAAAUUAGUGCAUUUAUCCUUGAUUUA